AUGGCUUCAAGUAUAGAAGAAAAUAAUAUUUAUGUUACUUUAUUAAGUAAUGAUUCAGUGCAUAUUUAUAACAACUCUCCAAGUACGUUUACAAACUUGUUAAAACAAUCGUUAAACUUAAAUGGUGAAUGGAUUCGAAAUAUUUCAAAUUUGGAUAAGUCUUCAAAACAUGAAGUAACGACAAUAUCAAAGUUGAGCACUUAUGAACAUGAUAACAUUAAAUCAAAAUUUAAGGAACUUAUGGAUUCAUCAAAUGGGAAGGAAACAAAUUUAAGUAUUAAUAAUACAACAAAUAAUACUCCACAAACUAACGUAUCAUUAAAAGAAAAAGUCAACAAAAGCUUAAAUAAAGUGAACGUAGAACGUAAUGCUCAAGUUAUCACCAAAGAAUCAGGAAGUGAUAAAAAAGAUUUAAAUCAAGAAUUAGAGAAUGACAGGAACGAUUCUAUUUUAUCGACCACACAUAAUAUUUUGGAAAACUCGUUAAAUAAAUUUUCCAGUAACAUUUCGCAUUAUUGGAAUAAAGUUGAUUCAACUGAUGUAACCGAAAUU